GGAAUAGUUUAUUUUCCAAAAAGUAGUUCUGAAUUUUUCUUAAACCGAUUUUACUGGGAUGUACGCCUUUGAAACUUAUAUAUUAUACGGUUCUUAGAGGAAGAAGAAGAAGAUUCCAGUUGUUCCAAGUAAGAACAUGAGAUGAACGGUUUGAGCAACAGACUGCAGAAACAAGCAAAAUAAGCAUUUUUCUCCAGUGGUACAUUUCCUGUCUUUUGAUAUUCGUUGUGCCACAAGUUCCUAAUGUCUGCAGCUCCUUCUUCAGAUCCUUUGACUAAAAAGACUGUUGCAUCUCAAGUACCUUUUGAAGCACUUUGCUCAACAUUAGAAAGAAUACAGAAGACCAAAUCCAGACCAGAUAAAGCCAAAUAUUUUGAAGAGUUCCUAGAUUCCUGGAGAAACUUUCAUAAUGCCCUUCAUAAACAGGAUCCUGAUACAACAGAUUCUUUUUACCCUGCAAUGCGGCUGAUUCUUCCUCAUCUAGAAAGAGAGAGACUGGCUUAUGGAAUUAAGGAGACAAUGCUAGCCAAGCUCUAUAUUGAAGUUAUGGGACUCCCGAAAGAAGGAAAAGAUGCACUAAAACUUCUAAACUACAGAGCGCCAUCCAGCUCAAGUACUGAGUCUGGAGAUUUUGCUGGUGUUGCCUACUUUGUUCUAAAGCAGAGAUGUCCAAAUAAAGGCAGUUUGACAAUACAGACAGUUAAUGAUCUUUUGGACUCCAUUGCUAAUAACAAUGCUUCCAGAAAAAAAGAUCUAGUUAAGAAGAGUUUGCUUCAGCUUAUAACACAGUGUUCAGCCCUGGAACAAAAGUGGCUAAUUCGCAUGAUUAUUAAAGACAUGAAAAUUGGCCUCAGUCAACAGACAAUUCUGAACAAAUUUCACCACGAUGCAGUAGAGUUGCAUAAUGUAACAACAGACUUGGAGAAAGUCUGCAGAGAGCUACAUGAUCCUAAUGUUUCCCUUAGUAAUGUCUCUAUUUCAUUGUUUUUAGCCUUUAAACCUAUGCUUGCAGCAAUUGCUAAUAUCAAAAGCAUUGAAAAACAAAUGAAUAACCAGAGUUUUUACAUAGAAACAAAGCUUGAUGGUGAACGCAUGCAGCUACAUAAAGAUGGUGAUGUUUACAAAUAUUUUUCACGGAAAGGCUUUGACUACACUCAGCAAUUUGGUGCUGCUCCACUUGAAGGAUCUUUAACUCCUUUUAUUCAUGGCUUGUUCAAGCCUAAUGUACUGAACUGCAUUCUUGAUGGUGAAAUGAUGGCUUAUAAUCCAACUGCACAGACAUUUAUGCAGAAAGGAAACAAAUUUGAUAUAAAAAGAAUGGUGGAUGAUACAGAGCUGCAGACCUGCUAUUGUGUUUUUGAUGUUCUGAUGGUGAAUGAUCGCAAACUAGCACAUGAAACUUUAAGGAAGAGACAUGAGAUUCUCCAUACUGUGUUUCAGCCACUACAAGGGAGAGUACAUGUUGUUGAAAAAAGAGAAGCCAAAACCAAGAAGGAAGUUGUUGAUGCUUUAAAUGAAGCUAUUGAUAAAAGAGAGGAAGGAAUUAUGAUUAAAGAUCCCUUGUCUAUUUAUAAGCCUGAUAAGCGUGGAGAAGGAUGGUUAAAAGUUAAGCCAGAGUAUGUUGAUGGAUUGAUGGAUGAGCUAGACAUUUUAAUUGUUGGAGGGUACUGGGGGAAAGGAUUAAGGGGCGGUAUGAUGUCCCAUUUCCUUUGUGCUGUAGCAGAGACUCCUCUUCCUGGUGAGAAGCCAUCUGUUUUUCAUUCACUUUGUCGAGUUGGUUCUGGAUAUACUAUGAAGGAACUCUAUGAUCUUGGUUUGAAACUAGCUAAUUAUUGGAAGCCUUAUCGCAAAAGAGAUCCACCAGCAAGCAUUUUAUGUGGAUCAGAAAAACCAGAAGUCUACAUAGAUCCUUGUAAUUCUGUUAUUGUUCAAGUUAAAGCAGCAGAAAUUGUGGCAAGUGACAUGUAUAAAACAGGGUGCACAUUGCGUUUUCCUCGAAUUGAAAAAAUUAGAGAUGAUAAAGAGUGGCAUGAAUGCAUGACUUUAAAUGAUUUGGAGCAGCUACAAGAUAAGGCUUCAGGAAAGCUAGCCACUAAGCAUCUUAAUGUGAAUGACGAUGAACCAGAAAAGAAAAGAAAGACUAUACCAAAACCAAAGAAAGUGAUAGGCAUUAUAGAGCACUUAAAGGCCCAAGAUCUCUCCAGUGUAAACAAAGUUUCAAAUAUAUUUGAAGAUGUUGAAUUUUGUGUGAUGAGUGGAAUUGAUGGCCAUAGUAAAUCUGAGCUAGAAAAAGGAAUAGCAGAAUGUGGAGGAGUUGUAGUUCAAAAUGCUGGAUCAGAUACGUACUGUGUUAUAGCUGGCACAGAAAAUGUAAGAGUAAAAAAUAUCAUUUCUUCAAAUAAGUAUGAUGUUGUGAAAGUUGACUGGCUUUUAGAGUGCUUGAAAAGUAAAGAAUUUGUCCCAUGGCAGCCACGACACAUGAUUCACAUGUCACCUUCUACUGAGGAGCACUUUGCGUAUGAAUAUGAUCGCUAUGGUGACAGCUACUAUGCAGAUACUGAUAAGAACCAGCUGAAGGAAGUUUUUGACAGAAUCAGAAAGCCAGAUAAUAUAGUAUCAUUAGAAGUUAUUGCCGACGUGGAGCAACGUUAUUCAUGGGAUAGUUCUCCACUUAACAUGUUCCGUCAAUAUGUAAUAUACAUAGAUAAUUUUGCUGUAAUAAAUGAUCCAAGUACAAAAAUCCAUGGUACAAGUUUGGAGAUGAAAGCAUUAGAGCUUCGAUUUCGUGGAGCAAAGGUUGUCACACAUUUAGGUGAAGGGGUUUCACAUGUUCUAGUAGGUGAUAGCCAUGCACGUGUUGAGGAACUAAAAGCACUUAGAAGAACAUUUUAUAAGAAAUUUAAAAUUGUGUCAGAAACCUGGGUAACAGAUUCUGUAAAAGAAAAUUUUGUACAAAGUGAAAAUCCUUACUUACUUUGAUGUGUCACGCUAAGCAGCUUUCAUAAUGCAUCUUUUGUAGAUUGCAGUGUAAAGGGAUUUAUGUGUAUUCUUAAACAUGCAAAGUAGGGAACAUGUUAAUUAUUUCAGCGCAUCAGAGCAGGGAACAUAUGUAUUCUUAAACGUGCUCUGCAAAAGAUGUUAUGCACAAUUAUUGCAACUAUUAAUAUUUAUUAAAAUGAGUAUGCUAUUGUGUCACAAACCUUA